AUGUACCUUUUCAAAUUUCUUACUAUCUCCACUUUUAUGGUGUGUUUCUUCGGGAAGAACCUUGAAGCUAUACCUGCACCUAACGACUCACCGUCCAGUACUGAUGUGACGAUUUAUGAACACCGUAAUUUUGAAGGAAUUUCAAGUGAUCUUCACCUUUUCUCUAAGGUAUGCCAGAAUAUACCUGAAAAUUUUAGAACUAUUCUCAGCUCAGUCAAGGUCCAAAAAGAUCAUUGCGUAAACCUUUACAAAGGACUAAAUUGCGAAGGUGAACCUUAUUCGGCUUGCAAAGAUAUUACUGAUCUGGAUGUUGAAAAUCGCUCUUAUAAUGACCAUGUCCAAUCAAUUAUGGCGGAUAUAAGAGUUUGA